UUCUAGUUCAAUGAAAGACCAACACUAGUUAGUAGUUAGCCUCAUAGAAUUAGAGAUGGCUCAGCCUAACCCACAAGCAACCAAGACAAAGCGGUGGAACCUGCUCCGUUUGAUUGCGAUGCUAAUACUAGCAUUGAUCAUUCUUGUAGGCAUAGCUGUGCUCAUAAUUUGGUUGGUUUUGAAGCCAAAAAGGUUGGAGUACAGUGUGGAGAAUGGUGCAAUCCACAACUUCAACUUAACAGAUGCGAAUCACCUCUAUGCCAACUUUGACUUCACCUUAAGAGCUUACAAUCCAAAUUCUAGAGUCUCCAUAUACUACGACACUGUGGAGGUGUCAGUGCGUUAUGAGGACCAAACACUAGCCACCAAUGCGGUUCACCCAUUCUUCCAGUCGCAUAAAAAUGUGACAAGGCUUCACGUGGGCCUCACGGCCCAAACUGUGGCCCUGUAUGAGUCCGUGCCUAAGGACCUUAGGCUUGAGAGGUCCUCGGGGGAUAUUGAGUUAGACGUGUUGGUUAGGGCAAGGAUAAGGUUCAAGGUAGGGCUGUGGAAGUCAAAGCAUCGUGUGUUGAGGAUUUAUUGUUCUCCUGUGUUGCUCUACUUUUCUAAGCCCAAGACUUUCCAAAGGGCACCUUGUGAAGUAGAACUCUAAACUUGUUAUCUUCUCUCUAGUGCCCUUAUCAAUAUCUUUAUUUAUUAUUUCUUACUUUUUUGGUUUUCUAGUUUCCAUGUUCUUUCUCAGUUUGUCACCGUUAAUUCAUGUUAUGAUUCUUUUGUCAGUGUUGUUGUAAUUUUUCAUCUUGCUUGUUGGUUUUGGUUUUCCUAUGUUCAAAAAUUGUUGUGCGGGUACACAAAAGAAGAAAAAUUGGCUGUAUCACUUCACUAUCCUUCCAAAUGA